AUUGGUUAAACCGCAAUAUUUGUAGUACACAAAAUCCGCCAUUUCAAGACCCCCCCGCUAAAAGGGGAAAAAAUAUCAUUUAAAGGAAAAACUCUGAGUCUGACGACGAUCUGCACAUUGAAAUUCGCUUGUUCUCGGAUUGACGUCGCUAUGGUUUAUAUAACAUCGUGGGACGAAUUUGUCGAGAGAACUGUACAGUUGUUCCGUGCCGAUCCUGAAUCUACGCGGUAUUGCAUGAAGUACCGACAUUGUGAUGGCAAAUUGGUUUUGAAGGUUACUGAUAACAAAGAGUGCCUCAAGUUCAAGACAGAUCAAGCACAGGACGCAAGGAAGAUGGAGAAACUGAACAAUAUAUUCUUCACUUUGAUGGCUCGGGGACCAGAUGUGGACAUGUCAGAAAUUACAGGGAAAGAACAGGAAGCACAGCCGGUGAAGAAAGGAAGGGGAAGAAAACAAUAGCUUGAUUUGCUGGUAGACAUAUAAAUGGUUUUGAGCAAACGUGAUUGGACUCGAUGAAUUUUAGAGGAAUUUUGUGACUUACGAUUUGAAAAUGCUGGGAUUGUCAAAAUUUUCCUGAAAGAAAUUUAAAGAACAUUCCUAAUUUUCUGAUUCA